AUGGCUGGACCUGAGGAAAGGGGUGGCAGAGGUGCUGGUGGCAGUGGAGAAGCCCAAGGUCAAGGCCAACCCCGUGAUUCAUCCAUGGCGCCCGUGCAACCAAGUCUUGGACCACCUAGGGAUGAGCCUAUGGUGUUUGGGCUUGACAAGUUCAAUGGUGACAACUUCGCUGAAUGGUCCUUCAGAAUGGAGAAUGUAUUUGACCACUAUGACCUGCUAGAGGUGAUGGAAGGAACGGAGAAGCGCCCCGAGAACGAUCCGGAGAAGAGCCCGUGGGUGCGGAAGAGCGCACACGGAUAUCUCCUACUUGGGCAAGCGUUGGGGAGCAGCCAGAUCCGUAGCAUCGAGCCAUUCCAGCGUGAACCAGAGAAGGGACCAAAGGCAUGGGCUGCUCUCAAGGGUGUACACGCUCCUACAACAGCGGCGGUAGUGGUGGUGUUGGAACGGCAAAUGGCGGCACUAGGAAUUGAAGAAGACGAAGCGGUUGAAGAAGGGGUGCAGAAAUUCUUCGACUUGUUGACGCGGCUUGAGGGAGCUGAUUUGAACUACAGUGAGCUCCAAAAGAAGACCAAGUUUCUGGCCUUACUCCCAGAGUCAUGGUCCUCGCUCAUCAUCAACCUCAAUCGUGACUUGCCCCGCCUCUCGCUUGAAGACGUGAAGCGAGCGAUCCUUCAAGAGGACUUCCGCCGCCGUGAGUUGGCGAGUGCGGAUGGUGCCGGGGCAGCAAGCAUCGGCCGAGGGUAUGGCCGUGGAAGGGGCAGAGGACGAGGGGGAGGCAGAUUUGGCAGCAACAACUUCAAUGGAGGCCGCGGGAGCCAAGAGGGUAGAGGAGUAGGAGGAGGGAGAGGAAGAGGCCGUGGCGGUCGCGGAGGUGGUGCUGCAAGUAUGAAGAGUGCCGGCAACGAGAGCGAGUCGAGGGACGAUCGCUUUCCGGGUCAAUUCUUCUUCGUGUCCACGCAAGCACCGGCUGGUCCAGAGAAGGAUGAGGGCUUUGAGGAGCCAGAAGCUGUGUGGAAGGUCACCCUACACUCCCUGGACUAUUGGAUGAUCGAUAGCGGCGCUACCUAUAGCAUGACACCUCGUGCGGACUUGCUCACCGAACUUGAGCCGUCACCGGUGAAGCAUGUGACAUCAGCUUUGGGGCAGCGAGCAGAGGUGAAAGGCAUGGGCAAGGCCAUGUUCAAGGGUGCUGAUGGGAAGAUGGUGGGCCUCAAGAACGUGCUUUGGGUGCCCAACCUUGCUGCCAACCUGAUUUCCGUGCGGCGGUUGCAAAAGGCCGGCAUGGACACGAGCUCGAAGGGAGCGGAUUCUUUGGGACCUUCACGAGGAUAG